UUUCUGUUUACGUAAUUAAAAGUUAAUAAGUAUUGGGGUUCUUGAUGAUUGGGGGGUCCUUACAGUUCAUUCUUUGUCAUCAAUCCGCGUUUGGUCCAUUUCCGUGUGAAUUUUGCCUCCCAUCCUUUUAUAUUCCUUCAAUUUUCUAGUGGAUUUGUUUGGUUUUCCAGUCACCAUCAGAUCUGCAUAUUGCCAUACUACUUUUGCUAAAUUAAAGAAAAAAACAUAGUACACAUACUGAAAGUCUUUCAGUCGUCUUUUGAGGCAAAGUUUUGAACUUGGGGGUUUUCUCUGCUGAAAAGAUUGGAUUUUGUCGAAGUGGGGUUUUCUUCUUUGGGAUUGGAGAUAUAUUACUUAUCUUUUUGGUGGUGCUUUGUGAAUUUUCUAUUUGUAGGGUGUGUGUGAAUUUCACUUUUCUUAGAGAAAAAGUGAAUUGGGAUUGGGGAAUGUUGGAGGGUUGUGUAAAGUGAAGUUGAGUCUUGUUUAGUGUAUAUGAUGGUGGGAAUUCGUGAGAUUCGAAUAUAUCUGUGAUUUGGACGAGGUUAAACGGUCUGCAUCUUUGUCUGAGCUCGAAGAGAAAGAGCUGUGUGGUUCAGUAAUGGGGUCGAGGGGAGAUAGAUAUGAACAUCAUGAUCUUGUGCCAUUAGCUGCCCUCAUAAAUAGGGAGUUGAGGAAUGAGAAAAUGGAGAAGCCCGCUGUGAGAUAUGGCUCUGCAGCUCAGUCGAGGAAAGGGGAGGAUUAUUUCUUGAUGAAGACUGAUUGCCAGAGAGUUGCUGGAAAUCCAUCUACGUCGUUCUCUGUUUUUGGAAUCUUUGAUGGGCAUAAUGGGAGUGCAGCUGCAAUAUUUUCGAGAGACCAUUUGUUAAACUACGUAUUAAAUGCCAUGCCUCGUGGACUUGGACGGGAUGAAUGGCUACAUGCUUUACCUAGAGCUUUGGUUGCUGGCUUUGUGAAAACUGACAAGGAAUUCCAGGCCAAAGGAAAGACUUCUGGAACUACGGCAACAUUUGUAAUUAUUGACGGGUGGACAGUUACAGUUGCAUCUGUUGGAGACUCACGCUGCAUUUUAGAUGCUCAGGGUGGCGGUGUCUCCAUCUUAACCGUUGAUCAUAGACUUGAAGAAAAUGCAGAGGAAAGAGAGCGUGUAACAGCCAGUGGAGGUGAAGUUGGAAGGCUUAGCAUUUUUGGUGGGACCGAGGUUGGUCCUCUUCGUUGUUGGCCAGGGGGUUUGUGUCUUUCUCGAUCAAUUGGUGACAUGGAUGUGGGCGAAUUUAUUGUUCCAAUACCAUAUGUCAAGCAAGUAAAGUUAUCAAGUACAGGGGGAAGGCUAAUAAUCGCCUCUGAUGGUGUCUGGGAUGCAUUGUCAUCAGAAAUGGCUGCAAAAUCGUGCCGUGGAUUGCCUGCCGAACUUGCUGCUCGUCUAGUGGUGAAGGAAGCGUUGAGGUCGCGUGGGCUCAAGGAUGACACGACUUGCAUAGUCGUUGAUAUAAUUCCACCAGACAACAAUCCUCCGCCUUCCCCCCCGCCCAAGAAAUACAACAAGCUCAAAGCCUUAUUUUUCAGAAAAAAUUCUUGGAAAUCCACCAACAAAUUAGCGAAGAAGCUAUCUGCUGUGGGUAUCGUGGAGGAGUUAUUCGAAGAAGGAUCGGCAAUGCUUGCUGAAAGACUUGGAAAUGAUGAGCCGACUACACAGACGGGCAGUCUUUUUGUGUGUGCCGUGUGCCAAGCUGACCUGGCACCUAAUGAGGGAAUCUCUGUUCAUGCUGGAUCGAUAUUCUCGGUGAGCUCGAAACCAUGGCAAGGUCCUUUCCUCUGUUCCGACUGUCGGAAUAAGAAGGAUGCCAUGGAAGGGAAGAGACCAAGUGGAGUUAGAGUAGUAUAGGUUAGCUGAUCUUUGUUUAAUUGCUGCCAUUCUUUUGUUCGCCUUCUUGUUCUUGCUUAGGUGAUUAUUUUGGAUAUCGAAUGUUAAAAUCGAUAUAUUUUCUCUAAUUAAAUUCAUUGUUAAGGUAGGGAAAAACGAGUGCAUUCUUUGGCUGACAUAUUGCUUUGUCACGAAUGAAAUUGGUGGUUAGUAUUUGUUAUAAAUAAAAUAAAGAUUUCAUUCUCGUUC